AACAAAACAAAAUCAACGCAUCACUAUUAAAGAAGCUGGAUCUUGGGAGCACCAGAAAUUUCGAUUCAUACAAUACAUUUUCUAAGUUUGCCAUGAAAGAUCUUUGACACACUGACUUCUUUUCAAGGAUAAGAUGUUGGAAGUAGAGUCUUUGAGCACGCUGAGCAAUGAUGGUGAUGAGAUGGACCUCUUGGAUGGUUCAAUGAUCUGGUCGCAGGAAGAUCCGCUCUCAUCAAAUGAGAUUAUGAAUAUCGAUGGAAAUGUACCCACGAUAGGUGAUGCUGGUAAUUUAUUAUGUAGACUUUGCGCUGGUAGAGCUGUGAAUCCCAUUUAUAUCUACUCAGAAAUCGGUGAAUCAAUGAAACUUGCUCAUAAAAUGAACGUUUGUCUCAGCGUGAAGGUUUGUAGAACUGAUCCGUUGCCUAAACAGCUCUGUCAUAAUUGCGUGGAGAAAAUCCUGUACUGUGAUGAAUUUGAUACACAGUGUUUGAGAGCCGAAGAGACAUUGCUGACUAUGCUGAAAGAGAAGCGUCGUUUUGAGAUACCAGAGAUCAUCACAAACGAAAUACUGUGUGACGAAAAGUCGUGUCCUUUAUGCCUGGAUGGACGAAUGACGACUGGUCAACCAAACCGGAGUGAUCCCAGCUAUGCGGAAUUAUACGAUAGCGACAUAGUGCUUCAAAGCAGCGAUGAGGAAUUAGCAUUUCAGGAACUAUCGGCUGACAAAGAUCUUGGGGAAAAUUCGAUUAUGCUCCAAUGUCUGGGAAACCGACAGCAGUACCUCAAAUGUAGGGCCUGCAUGAAUUUAUACCAUACGAAAGAGACCUUAGACGGUCAUAAGUGUAAACCAAACGUUCCGAGUACCUCAAGGCCAUAUAAAUGCCCUGUUUGUUCUGUGACAUUUACGUUUGAAGAGAGACUGAAUUUUCACAUGCAAUUUCACACCGGUGCAAAGGCCUUGUAUUGCGAAAUCUGUAAAACAACGUUUGGUAAAGAAUUGAAGCUUUUUUAUCACUACAAAAGAUACCAUUGCGAAGAUACUACGGUCUCAUGUCUUCAGUGUGGAAAAUUAUUCGAAAAUCAAGAACAUUUAAGAAUUCAUGUUUGCAUCGAUGGUAAAACGAGGCCCCAUGUCUGUGACGUUUGCAACAAGGGCUUUUCGGAUGGAUACACUUUAAAACGACACAUUGUUACUCACCUACCAGAAAAACCCUAUAAAUGUGGUCAAUGCUCUAAAAGUUUUACCCAAAAGUCAAGACUCAACAAACACGUAGCUGGACACGAAGUUGUCAUAGAAGAAUCGCAGAUUGUAUGGAAAUGUGUUCAAUGCGGGGAGGCCUUUAGUACCUGCAACGAGGCGGACAACCACUACAAAAUACAUGAUGACAAGAUAAUUCUAAUUGAGGAACUCUCAACAUCCAAAAUGUACCAGUGUGAAUACUGUAACAGUUUUUUCACCGAUCUCGACAGUUUGAAAGCGCACCAGACUCAACACGUUGUCGAGAAACCAUACUCUUGUAACAUAUGUGCUACUUUUUACAAGUCUUUUGCAGAAGCGGUUUUACAUUGGAAGGAACACCCAAGGAUUUUUAAAGUUGCUGUGGCGUUUUCAUGUACUAGGUGUAGCAAAGAUAUAAAGGAACUAUCUCUUCUAUAUAAACAUAAGCAGAAAAGACAUCAGUAUCUGCCACAAAGAUCAGAUACAGGUGAAAUGAAGUUUCUCUGCGAAUUGUGCGGAAAUACCUUUGAUAAAAUGAAAGAUAUACAGGAUCAUGAGAAAGAGCAAUGUUCAAAGUUUCCCUGUGAUAUCUGCGGCAGCCUCUUGCCCACUGCUAAUUCUCUGAAUGCUCAUAAACGACGCCACAGUGGGCUCAGGCCCUAUGUUUGUAAUAUUUGCGGAAAAAGUUACACCCAAUCAAGCCACAUGUGGACGCACAAAAGGUUUCACAUGGGUGUUAAACCCUAUGCAUGUGAGUACUGCGAUCAAAGAUUUACAAUUAAACCAGAUCUUGCUGAUCACACAAGAAAGAAGCACACAAGGGAAAGACCUUUCAAAUGCGAUGUAUGUAACAAAGCUUUUCUGACUGGGUCUGUCUUUUAUCAGCACCGUCUGAUCCACAGAGGAGAUCGUAGGUACAAAUGCCACUACUGUGAAAAAGCUUUCACUAGGACUGAGGCAUUGAAUAACCAUAUUAAGAUUCAUACCGGUGAAAAACCUCACGCUUGUGAUGUCUGUGGUAGAUGCUUCAGGCAAAAAGGUGACAUGCGGAAGCAUAGGCGCACUCAACAUGUAUCUAAACAUGAAAUUGUGUGAAAUCUUAAAGUUCAACCAAGGAGCCUGACUGAUGAAGUCUACGACGUCUGGGAUCUGUUUUAAAGCUGGGAUUACGAAUUUUGUCUUUCUGUUUUGUAUUUUUUCUAAAAUAGUUGUUAAUUGAUAAGCUUUGAGGUUGAAUCAUAAGCAUAGAAAUUCUGUAAAAAAACUUUUAAUCCAUGCAGUUUAUACAUGUAUCUAAGGCAGCAUAUAAAGUGACGUUUUUUUGCAAACCU